GCGUAACAAACUGCUCCACAAUGGAUGCGCUCCAUGUGAAGUGUCCGCGCAUUCUGCUCCUUUUCACAGGGAGCUGAAGGUGGUGGAUCUGCAGGGACAGCCACGUUUCUUUGCAGCGCAGCUUUCAACGUGGGCGACCGCGCGCUGAUAAAUGGAGAUGCUCGCAGGCAGUCGGGACGUAUUCCGCCAACAGAAGGGCAGAGGCAUGGAGAACGAGAGCUGCUGGCGCGCCCGCGAGGGAGGAGCGGAGACAGAGGCAGAGGCAGAGGCAGAGGCAGGCCUUCGGUGCCAGAACAGCCUCUACAUUCAGCUCCUGAAAGAGAAGCACAGGCGACGGAUGGCCCAGUUCGCGGCUGUGGUGCUACUUCUGCUGCUUGGCGGAGUCCUGGCGCUAUUCCUGACGUUCAGACUCGAGCGGCCAUGCGCCUCUGCUCCUGACAGUGGGACCAUGGUUGAUGCUGACACCCAUUCAUCAGGCACUGCUGAAAAGAUGCAGCAAGAGGACAGUGCAAAGCAGCCUCCAAGUGCCAUGCUGACAGUGCUGUCCCAUAACAACACGUUUGGAAAAUAUCUUCUCUGGGAAGACAAACUUGGACAAGCGUACAUUGAAGGCGGCUUCAGCUACAGCAACGGGAGUCUAGUUGUCCCCAGAAAGGGCCUCUACAGAGUCUUCCUGCAGCUGACGUUCCGGAUUCAGAGCGGCGAGUGUUCCAAAAACGAGGUCCUCACCCUCUCCAACAGCGUGAAUGUCUUCAAAAAUAGCUACCCAAUUGACCACCUGCUCCUGUCCACAGUCGACACAGUGGUGUGCGGCCACAGAUCAUGGGAAAAAUCUCUCUUUACGUCCGGCUUAUUUAAACUGGAUGCUAAGGACAAACUGCGUGUCACUUCAACUCAUCCGAGCUACUUAGAUAGGAAAGAACAAACGGUGUUCUUUGGAGCUGAACUCAUCUUUUGAUUUGUGGUCAGAUUGUUGGUUAUUUCCAGGUCUAGCUACGGAAUUGCUUCAAUAACUAUUGAAGUAAGCAGUGCAGGUUUAUGGUUUACGGUAAAGUAAUCAGCGCACUCAUGCAGCACGGAGUAAAACCUUCUCAGCAGUAGUUUAGCUUCAUUUCCAUGAUCUUUCUUUUGCUAACAGCUGCCUAAACAUUGAUGCAAUUAAACUACACUAAUAUAAUGUAUAUUUUUUGUAGCAUAUUCCAUGGUAUACAUGUAUUAAAUUUAUUAUAUUACGUUGUUAUACUGGGAACAAUAUUUCUGUGUUUAUAGAAAGCAUUUAAUUUAUUUUAAUUUAAUAUACAAAAGGACGUGCACUUUGGGGUUUAUCUCGGGCUUGGAGUUGUAUUGCGGUUUUUUUUUCACUGGAAACCAAGUUGUUAUGGAGCAAGUAACCAAGUAAAUGACUACGAGAGAUUUCUGCCCUCUACAUCUGGUUACAAGUAAAUGUGCUGCAGGUAUCAUUAAGCUUUACUGUUCCCAGAAUUCAGGAUAAGCAUUGCUUUGUUUAUUUUUAAUAUCAGCCGCCUAAAAUAAAUCUAAUAGCAUUAUUAAAAUAUUCAUUUUGGCCAUAAUCAAUUUUCUUCUUAUUUAAUUUUUAGAACUAAGUCUAAGACAAAUCACUUCAAAUGUAACCCUUGAUGGAGACCGGGUCAAAAUCUAAAUAGCUGUUACAGAAAUUUCUGAGGUCAGUCAGUCUUUUAGAGCCAAUAUAAAUACUGUAUGAUGCUGAUAAGUUUAAUAAUUCUUAAUUUGAAAGGGCGGUACUGUAUAUGAGACAAUUUGUAUACGAAAGCCACUUCUUUGAGAAUAGAAGCUACAGACAGGAAACAGGAAAGAUUAGGCAGACUAUGAUCAAGGAUUUGGAGAUUUGUCCGUUGGUGGGCGUCCAGGGAAUUAAGGCAAUUGCUCCGUAAAAAUGGCAAUUUCUGGGAAGGCUGGUGUGGUUUAAGUCCUUCAGAUCUACGAUUCACUGAUAGAAUCCACUUAGUGGAUUCUUCAAAGCACAUUUGAAGAGUAGAAAGCUGACAUGUUGGAGAUGCAAACCCAGAGGAUGUGUUCUAUGAAAAGAUUUAACCCAAGUUCUGUCUACUGCCUCUUUGGACCUGAACAAAGAAUCACUGAUGUACAUUAGAAAUCUGUUGAAAUAUUUGUUUGGCUUUUCACUUUGUUAUUUUUCUAUUAAAGGCGAUGCUUUAUUUUGUGCUAAAAUUUGUUGGUACCUGAUUGUUUAAAUCCUGGCAAGCAGUCUGUUCUCCAUUAAAUGGUGUGACUUUUCCUGCUGGGAGCACGAUGCGCCUCUGGGAACUCAACAGUUGUGUGUGCGUGUGUAAUGUUGGUCAGGGUUUCUGCAAUAAAGAUGAAUUCUAAAAGCA